AACUUUUUCCCUUGUAAAAUGUUGUGAUCUUCUUCUUCUCACUCUCUCUUCAGUCUUCUCUUCUUCGUUUAAAGUUUUAAAAUAAAGAACCCCGAGAAGCCACUCUGGCUGACGCAGCUCAACUCUUCUCUCCGAACGGCAUUUUCAAAUUCUCCGGUGACCAAAUCCCGAUUGCGCUAAGAGGGAUCUGACCUUCAAAUUUGGCAGUGGGAAACAAUGGACGAUUAUACAAGAGAGAUGAUGGAUCUCAAGACCUUGGUCACUCGAACCCUUGAGAAGAAAGGUGUUCUCGCUAAGAUCCGGGCUGAGCUCCGUGCAAGUGUGUUUGAGGCAAUCGAAGAAGAGGACAGAGUCAUAGAGAACAAUGAAGGACUCCCUCCAGCUUUGUUGGGAAGCUGUAAUGAUCGUGCAAGGCAGCUUCAUGCUUCUCCUUCAGGCAGGUUGCUAUCUGCAUUGAUUUGUGAAUAUUUGGACUGGGCGCAACUAAAGCACACCCUCAAAGUUUACCAACCAGAAUGCAAUUUGGCAAAAGAUUCUUGGAAGUCUGAGGUACGUGACUUUAGUAGCAACAAUGUUUAUGAGCUCACCAGAAAUGGAGAUAGACCGCUUCUUCUGGAUGUUCUUCAAGGAUUCUUGAAGUUCGAGAACAUGACGCAGGUCAUGGGCGGUAGUUCAAUGAGAGAGUGUGAAACGGAGUCCUCAUCAAGCCUCGACUCCAGAAAUCCUCCUCGCAGAUCAUCUGAUAGCUUACUACCUCAACGAAGGCCGGUUUCUGCAUCUCAAGCAUCUGGAACCACUACCUCUGGGUACAGAAAUGACGAAUACAAUUGGAGAUACGACAGUGAAGAUAUGCCGGAAGAGGUGAUGAAAGCUUCGACGGCACUGGAAAAUCUUCAGCUGGACAGGAAAACUCGGAAUUUAACAUCAUCUUGGAGGAAUGCUGGGGAUGGAUCAAGUGAAGAAGAAGGGAAAGAUUGAUCAAACGCUUAUCAGCUUGUGAAUUAGUAGUACAUACGUUGAUAUAUAUAUAAUAUUUGUGUGUGUAUGGUUUGUUUGCGUCUUUGUUUAUGUAUGUUUUUAAAUGUUGCAACUGGUUUCUUUAUUACGCCUUUUGUCUGUGGUUGUGUUGUCUCUCAAAAGAAAUCUGUUUGACAAAGCUCUUGGAAAAA